CAGAACACCGGUCCUGAACCGGAAGUAUAUCUGAUCAGCCGGAGAGUCGUCAGCAGCAAUGACUGGGAACAGCGGGAGCGACCCCCGGAGACCGGGCAAGGUGCAGAGGUACAAACCGCCCACCACCGAGAACUCCCCGACCCUAGAUGAUCCAACUCCAGACUAUAUGAAUCUCCUGGGCAUGAUCUUCAGUAUGUGUGGCCUUAUGCUUAAGCUAAAGUGGUGUGCGUGGAUUGCGGUUUAUUGUUCUUUUAUCAGUUUUGCAAAUUCCCGCAGCUCAGAGGACACCAAACAAAUGAUGAGCAGUUUUAUGUUAUCAAUUUCUGCUGUAGUGAUGUCCUAUCUCCAGAACCCACAGCCCAUGUCUCCUCCUUGGUAACAUUCAUUGGAUGACUGAUAGUCUGCUGUUCCACACUUCCUGUCUCCUGUCCUACCAGCUAAGAGUGACAUCCAUCUUCUCAAUGUGGUCAGGAAUAAGGGCCUUUAGUCACAGAUUUAAUAAAAAGACUGACACUUUUUAAA